UACCACUCGCAUCUGUCAAAUAAAUUGUUCCAAGUGAACUACCAAAUGUUUUGAAUUUGUCUUAUGAUUUUCCACGCAAAAAAUGUUUAUUUUUACCAGAGUUAGCACAAAAACUCCCAUAUUAAAUAACAUAAGAUGUUUCUGCCAAAAGAAAUUGGAAAAACCAGUAUUAAAUUGCCCCAACUACAUACAACUUUCGGAGGAUUUCAACAGUGAAAAUGUAGAAUUGGUUGAUAAACUGGUGACCGAUAUGACCAUUUAUGAGGAUUUUUUAAGCGAUACGGAAGAAAAAAGUAUUUUAGAGGAAAUCGAACCCUACAUGAACAAACUGAGGUAUGAGUUUGAUCAUUGGGAUGAUGCAAUACAUGGCUAUAGAGAGACAGAAAGACUUAACUGGAACGAAAACAACACUAAUAUAUUGAAUAGGGUUAGAAAAUUGGCUUUUCCACCCAAUGUGGGCCAAUUAAAGUUUGUACAUAUACUAGAUUUAGAUAAAAAAGGUUAUAUUAAACCCCAUAUUGAUGCUGUUAGGUUUUGUGGUGAUACAAUAGCAGGUUUAAGUUUAUUAACCGAUAGUGUUAUGAGGUUGGUACACGAUAAGCACAAGAAUUUGCACGCUGACGUUCUCUUAAAACGCCGAUCUUUAUACAUAAUGAAAAACGCUGCCCGAUUCGACUACACCCACGAAAUUCUCAGCAACGAAAACAGCUUUUUCAAAGGCGAUCCAGUAAAUAAGGACCGCAGAAUAUCGGUUAUAUGUAGAAACGAACCAGAUCCCCGCAAUAAAAACGAUUAAAUAA